AUAUCGAAAUUGUUCAUCGCAGAAUUGUAUAUCUCAGACCUGGCGAUUCAAAAUAAAAUUUUUGAUAAGGGAAAAACAUGUGAAUUACCUGCUGAAGAAAAAAUGGAUUAUGAUCCUCUUGUGGAUUCGGGAAACAAGGGCAAACAAUUUAAUAUUGAGUUUCUUGUAUCCCUAUCCAUGGAUUUUUCAGAUUUCCAACCAACUAUCUUAGUAUCCAAUCCCAAGGCCAAAACAUAUAAAGACAUAAAAUUGCAAGAUAAAGUUAGUGAUUAUUUUGAUAAAAAGCCUGUAACGGGACAUAUUCAUAUUAUA